AUUUUAGAUGGAGUUACUGAAGUGAUUUAAUUUCAAAUUAUAUUCUAAUUUACUGAGAUGCUGUACUUACUGUAUUUCAUCCAUCUCCUCAUUGCUCCUUUCAAAUUUUCACACAUUUCCAUCUCCGUACUAUCCAUCCAUCAAACCUUUCUACAGCAACCUCUCUUUCUGACCAAUCAGCGCAAGUCUUUUUCUCAACAAAAAAUACUGUCCUGGGUUCUGUACCUCCUACUCUCCUCCACCUAUUUACAUUUUCUCCUCCCUACCCAACUGUCCAGCAUCAGCAAGGUAGUUGAGUAUUUAAGCCUUGUUCAUCCAGAAACUGACAGGAUGAGAGCAGGUACUCGUUUUCUCCAGCAUGAGCCACGUAUUGUUGCUCCACCUCACACUUUGUACAACCGCUGCCGCCAUGAUCAUCCAUAACAGCAGCGGCAAUGGUACUCGAAAUCACAAGCUGCUCAUUGCCUUCCAGGCUCCCUGGAACGUGUCCUUCCCCUUCAGUGCUCUCCGGCUGGGCUCGGCCAUACAGAUAGCCGUGGAGAAGGUGAACAACAACCCCUCCUUCCUGGGCAACUACAGUCUGGAUUUUGUGUACAAGGACACCGACUGCAAUCCCAAAGAGUCUCUGGGAGAAUUCAUCCACCAAGUGUGGAGAGAAAACGUGACGGCUCUGUUUGGUCCAGCGUGUCCUGAGGAAGCAGAGGUCACCGGUCUCAUAGCAUCAACAUGGCACAUCCCCAUGUUCGGCUACGUGGGCCAGUCUUCCAAACUGGAAGACGGUGAAAUGUAUGAUUCGUAUAUAAAAAUCAUGCCUCCUUUGAAACGGACCUCAGAGGUUCUGGUGAAGACCCUGGAGUUCUUCGGGUGGAGUCACGUGGCGAUGAUUGGAGGGGGGUUGAAGACGAACACCUGGGACAAAGUGGACGCUUUGUGGAAAACGGUGGAGAAUCCCCUCAGAACGCAUUUCAAAUUGACUGCAGAACUGAAGUUUGACACCAGUAAUUCUGAUCUCCUUUAUCAGAACAUCAAGUACAUCUCAACAGUCGCCAGAGUUAUUGUGGUGCUAACAAACAGAGAGGACGCCAUGGCUCUGCUGCUGGAGGCUGAGUGCCAGGGUCUGAUGAAUGGUGACUACGUGUUCUUCUUGAUGCAGUAUUUUGAGGAUAACUGGUGGAAAACUGCCCUGAGCAGUAGAGUAAACCAGGAUGGAAUAAAAGCUUUUGACAUGACAUUUGUUAUUGGUCAGAAGUCCUACGAAGGAUAUGAGUACUAUGAUUUCUUCGGACAGGUUUUUCAAAGACUGAAAGGACAUCCUUUUUGGAGUAACCUGACAUCUGAAAGUGAGGUUAGCCCCUACUCAGCCUAUCUCCAUGAUGCAGUACUUCUGUAUGUGAUAGGACUGAAGGAAGUUCUAAAAGAAGGAAAAGAUCCUCAUGACGGCCGACAGCUUCUGGAGAAACUGAAAAUCAGAGAUAAAAUUCGAUUUCACGGAGCCUCUGGACUGGUUCACUUUGAUGAAGAGGGGGAGAGAUGUAUGGACUAUUCUAUUUAUGACUUGCAGCUUGUAGAAGGUGGCAACAUGUUUGUACCCAUCCUGAAUUUUGAAAGUCAAACCAAAAGUGUCAGACCGACAUCUAUGUUUGCUUCUGUUAUUUGGCCAAAAGGAAAGCCACCAUCCGACAUCCCUGAAUGUGGUUUUAAUGACGAGCUCUGCGAGUGGCUGGCCAAUGAAAUUGCCCUGCUGGCUGUCCUGGUGACCUUCCCCCUCAUUGGUGUAGUGGCAGUUUUGUGGAUUGGGGUCCUCAUGCUUCAAAAGUUUCAGCUCCAGACGAGGCUGGAUGACACCAACUGGUGGAUAAUCAACUACAGCGACAUCACCAUCAUCAGGGAGCCCUCAGGAAACCAGGGUGUAUCUCAGAGCUCUACAGGUAGUCACAGCGGGAGCAGCAGCUGUCAGAGCACAUUCUCCAGCCACAGUUAUGACCUGAGAGACAAAACUGGCAGAGAGCACAUCUACACGACCAUAGGCCUCUACCAGGGAAAUCAAGUGGCCAUCAAGUACAUCAAGAACCCUAUAAACUGUAAUUUCCAGAAGCCUUCAGUGAUUGCUGAAUUCAAUCUGAUGAAGGAAAUGAAGCAUGAAAACCUGGUCCAGUUCUUUGGCGUGUGCAUUGAGCCACCAAACAUAUGUCUGGUCAUUCAGUACUGCAAGAAAGGCAGCCUCAAGGAUAUUUUUGGGUCUUCAGAUGUUGAUUUGGAAUGGAUGUUUAAGCUUUCGUUUGCAUAUGACAUUGUCAAUGGAAUGGACUUCAUUCACAACAGCACCCUUAAAUCUCAUGGAAAUCUGAAGCCCAGUACAUGUCUGGUGGACAGCAGACUACAAAUCAAGCUCUCUGGUUUUGGAUUAUGGGAGUUUAAAUAUGGAGGAAAAAACAAGCUCGGUCCAAUGGAAAAUCCUGCUUAUGAAGAUCUGUACUGGACAGCCCCGGAGCUCCUGAGACAAAUCGGACUUCCAUGUAAUGGGACACCCAAAGGAGACGUCUACAGCUUUGCAAUCAUUAUGUGGGAGCUCAUGUAUAACUCUAAAGGAGGUCCAUACCAAGACAUUAACCUGGACCCGAAAGAAAUUAUAAUGCAGUUGCGGACGCCUUUCCAAGGGGAACCUCUCAGACCAGUGCUAUGCGAGCAGCUGUGUGAUGAGAAGGUCAAUGCCUUGCUCAAAGUCUGUUGGAGCGAAAACCCUGACCACCGGCCACCUUUUGGGUCUGUACGCAGGAGACUGAAGGACAUAAGUCCGGAGAGUCAUGUGAAUAUCCUCGAUAACAUGGUGGACAAGUUGGAGAAAUAUGCAAAUCACCUUGAGGAAGUAGUGGAGGAGCGGACCAACCAGCUAACAGCAGAGAAAGCCAGAGCAGACAAGCUUCUCUCCAGCAUGUUACCAAAAUACAUUGCAGACCAGCUGAUGGCAGGGAAGUCAGUGGAGCCACAAAGCUACGAUAUGGUGACCAUCUUCUUCUCAGAUAUUGUGGGCUUCACCUCCAUGUGUUCCUCCAGCUCGGCAAUGGAGGUGGUGACUUUCCUCAACGAGCUCUACAGCCUGUUUGAUGGCAUCAUCAAGAUGUACGAUGUCUACAAAGUGGAAACCAUUGGCGAUGCUUACAUGGUCGCAAGUGGCCUUCCUAUCAGCAACGACACCAAGCAUGCUUUGGAGAUAUCCAUGAUGGCUCUGCACUUCCUGGGUGCCAUUCAGGUCUUCAGAAUCCCUCACAAGCCAGAUGAGAUCCUUGCAAUUCGGAUUGGCAUACACUCUGGUCCAGUGGUUGCUGGAGUGGUGGGAACCACUAUGCCUCGCUACUGCCUCUUUGGUGAUACAGUAAACACAGCCUCACGCAUGGAGAGUAACAGCCUGCCACUAAGGAUUCACAUAUCUCAGUCCACAGCUGACAUUCUUGUUCAAGCUGGAUCCUUUGAGUUGAAAGAAAGAGGGGACAUUGAAAUGAAGGGUAAGGGAGUCCAGAAGACCUACUGGCUGCUGAACAAAGCUGGAUUUAAUCCUACUCUGAAUUCCCUCAGCUCACUACAGAGUGACAGUCUCAAGGUGCAAAUGGAGAAACAAGAAGUGAUGAGAUCUGCAGUUGCAAGGUCCCAAUUAAUCCAGCCCAAAUCAUCGAUGACCACAGUGCACGUUUAGAUGUUGUAAGAAGAAGCAGGAUGGUGUUCUCUGUCUCACACACUAUUUCACGAAGUGAUUUUAUUCCAUGUAUUUGUUGCAAGCAUAACAAUAUAGUUGAUGACAUCUUCAACAGUAGAAAGAGACGAGGCUCUUGUCGACAGAUAUUUACUUUUUCUUUUACAGGGGAAGCACAAUGUAUCACCAACAACAUAGCUAUAGGUGCUGAUGUAAGACAUUUCUGUUUUACAUAUUGGUCUGAUAAGUAAAAGUAUUCCUAUCUUGUUGCUGUUUCAGUUUUGGGAGGGGAUUAGCCAGCUGGUAUUUUUUGGACAUGUGGCAUUAAUAGUGAUGCAGUGCAGGAUUGUGAGAUUUUAACUAAAACUAAGAAGUAUCAUCCAAGGUCUGGUCAUUUAUCAUAAUUUCGACAGGCUAGUGAAAUGUAAAUUAUAUCGGUAACUAUUGUAAAUUGGCUGCAGCAGCAACCGGAUAUCGAUACAGACUCAAAUUGUCAUAUGGGUAUAUACCUAAUUUCAACUCAUAUGAUAUUGAUUCUUAUAAUCCUAUAAGAAACAGGCAGAUAUUUUUGAGUCGACAGCAAAAAUCAACUCUUAAAAUUAAUGCUCGCUGUGACAAAAAGAAAGCCUCUCUCUAUUCUCAACUAAAAGUACAGAUAAUGAAGCGAUCAUCUCAUAAAUGACAGACAAUUCUGUCCUGACCUGAACAUUUGUGAAGUUUUGACAGUUUGGUUUCAUGUUGCAGAAAUAAAAAGCAAGAACACAUACCUCAGAAAGAUAUAAUAUUGUGAAAUACAUGCGUAAUAAAACAUUUAUCUCCUCUAGAUUAAAAUUUUUUAUGACUAAAAUGAAUUAUGUUUAUUUUGUUUUUCUCUAAUGCGUCAGCACUUCUGUUUAUCUACCUCAUUUAUGUUCUUGUUUUGGUUGUAUUCUUGUGCCUGAAAUGCAAUUAUUUACCUGUAACAAGAAAAUACCAACAAUAAAGUUUUUUGCCUUCAAGAAAACAGAACAACAUUUUCAAUUAUCUUUAUUGGAAAUAAAAGUACACUUAUGUUUUUUUAAGCCUUUCUAGAUAUACUAAAUGCAAAUCAGUCCUUUAACUGGGGAAUGUACUCAUACGCUCCCUGAGUCUUGGGGUGACACUUCGCUUUGUGAUUGAACAUAUGUUGGUGGUUUGUAUACUCAAAAGAUAUUUAUUGUUUUAUAUUUUCGAUGCAUUUACUAAAUCGAAGAAAAUGUUCACCGUGACCAUAAGGGGGAUGAGAAAAGAGGUCCCUGAAGAGACAAAAAGAAAACUAUUAUAGACAAAGUAAGAAACGAUGAACAGUUUUCACAACAUGUUUGCCAGUACAUUUCUUCCCCUUUCAACACAAUUUUAUAAUAAAAUAUUUAAACAUAAUGCAGAACAGAAAAAUAAAAUACAUCAAUUAAUCUUUGUUGAAAUUCAAAAGUUUCAUUCUAAAAAAAAA